CGUCCCUGAUCGCCCAGCCCCUCCGCAGCCCUAAUUAGGCCCACCUCAGCUCCGUCACAGCGGCUCCGGCCAUCUCGGGGAGACGUGCACCAUGGCCAUGGUUUUGGGUUAUUGGGACAUUCGCGGGCUGGCUCAUGCCAUCCGCCUGCUUCUGGAAUACACAGACUCAAACUAUGAGGAAAAGAAGUACAUUGAGGAGGACGCUCCGGACUAUGACAAAAGCCAUUGGCUGAAGGAGAAAUUCAAGCUGGGCCUGGACUUUCCCAAUCUGCCCUACUUAAUUGAUGGCCCUCACAAGAUCACCCAGAGUAACGCCAUCCUGCGCUACAUUGCCCGCAAGCACAACCUGUGUGGGGAGACAGAAGAGGAGAAGAUCCGCGUGGACAUCCUGGAGAACCAAGUUGUGGACUUUCGCAAUGAGCUGGCCAGCAUGUGCUACAACCCUGACUUUGAGAAGCUGAAGCCCAAGUACUUGGAGACGCUCCCUGACAAGAUGAGGCUCUUCUCACAGUUCCUGGGGAAGCGGCCUUGGUUUGCAGGGGACAAGAUCACCUUUGUGGAUUUCCUUGCUUACGAUAUGCUCGACCGGAACCGUAUCUUUGAGCCUAAGUGCCUGGACGCAUUCCCAAACCUGAAGGACUUCAUUACCCGCUUUGAGGGCCUGAAGAAGAUUUCUGCCUACAUGAAGUCCAGCCACUAUCGCCCAACUCCCGUGUAUAUGAAGAUGGCCCUGUGGGGCAAUAAGUAGGGCCCCAUAAUGGGAGGAGGAGCCAGCCUUGUGUCUGCUGCCCUGGGCCCUGGAGAACACCCGCCCCCACCCCCUGCACUAGCCCUCCCCUCCUGUUCCCUCCUUAUUGUUCCAUUCCCCUCCCCAAGACUUAUUGACCCCCUUUUCUCUACUGUAUCCCUACCCUAUCCAGGACCUUUAAAACCUCAGCUCCCACUUUCUUUCAGGCUAGUCACCCUCCUGACCUCUCUUCUCCCUGCCCUGAGGCUAGGGAGACCACCCUUCCCCUUAAUGUUGCUUAGAGGAGCCACCUAGAGCCCUGGCCUCAAGGGCUCAGCCUUGAGCUCCCUGUUCUGCCCUGAGAAAUGAGUUUGGCUGGUGUGUGGGCCCCGCUCCAGCAUAGUCCCCACCCCAGCCCUGUCUCAUCCCCAGGUAAGGGUGAGCCACACCUGCUGUGUCUUGUUGUCCUGGCUAUGUGGACUCAAGACUGACUGUGAUGGUGGUGGUUCUUGAGGGAGCGGAUGUCUUCACCUUGUUUUUUGGUGUCCAAGGCAGGGGCUGGGUAGAUGGCUAUGUGUGUGUAUGGGAAGGAUUAUAAGGUUUCUUGCUUAUUUCUGUCCCCUUUCCAUGUCCCUCUGUCCAUCAGUGUAGGAAUCUCUACCAAAGGUAGGCCCCUUCUGUGCCUGGUACCCGCAUGAAGUCAAUUUUCAUCAAGUCUGUGAGGAUCUGUGUGUGUGUUCGUGAGGGGAGGGGUGUGGAGUCCUGGGGGAGUACCUGUUUUUACCCUCACCUAGAAGCUUUUACUGAUUCAGAUGCCUCUUUUCCAUUUUCAUAAUAAAUCUCAACACAUCCCACUGUA